AUGACAGAGGUGAACCCAGCGUUUGUCCUGCAAUCGAUCAAGAAUGUCUCUUUUGAGAACAGAGACAUCCCAAAACUUCGUGACGGCCACGAUGUACGAGUUCAUAUAGAACAAACUGGUAUUUGCGGCAGCGACGUACACUACUGGCAGCGUGGCCGCAUUGGUGACUUUAUUCUCACAAGUCCGAUUGUUUUGGGACACGAAAGCAGUGGCACCGUUGUCGAAGUGGGCAGCAAAGUGAAGAAUGUCAAAGUUGGAGACAGAGUCGCAAUUGAACCCGGUGUGCCUUGCAGACACUGCGACUACUGUCGUUCGGGAUCUUAUAACCUGUGUGCCGAUACCGUAUUUGCAGCUACUCCUCCAUGGGACGGCACGUUGCAGAAAUACUACAUCGUCGCAAGUGACUACUGCUACCCGAUUCCUUCUCACAUGAAUGCCGAAGAUGGUGCACUUGUCGAGCCCGUUGCCGUCGCCGUUCAGAUCUGCAAGGUUGCGGAUUUGCGUGCUGGGCAGACUGUUCUUGUAUUUGGAUGUGGGCCAAUAGGCGCAUUGGCUCAAGCAGUUGCAAAGGCAUACGGUGCAAAGAAGGUUAUCGGUGUCGACAUUUCCCAGUCGAGGGCAGACUUUGCCAAAAACUUCGCCGCAGAUGGGGUUUAUGUCCCACAACGUGAUUCAAACCCUCCCGCGGAUCCGGUUGAAGCAUCACGCGCAAUGGCAGAGAAGAUAGUUGCGGAGUUUGGUCUUGGAGAAGGCGCAGAUGUUGUUCUUGAGUGUACUGGUGCGGAACCUUGCAUCCAGGCUGGCAUUUUUGCUGCAAGGAAAGGUGGUACCUAUGUGCAGGCUGGAAUGGGCAAAGAGAAUGUUGUUUUCCCUAUCACAACAGCCUGCAUCAGAGCUUUGAACGUCAAAGGAUCUAUCCGAUACACAACUGGUUGCUACCCAGCAGCUGUCGACCUGGUUGCUUCUGGAAAGGUAAACCCGAGGAGCCUUAUCACGCAUAGGUUCAAAUUCGAAGAUGCUCUAGAGGCAUUCGAGUUGGUCAAGAAGGCCCAAGAAGACACUCUUAAAGUCGUUAUCCAGGGUGUAGUUUAG